UGUUCAUGAAGUACGUAUGAAGGGGCGAGGAAAGAUGGCCGUCGGUUAAAUCUCUCUCAGAUCGCUACUGGAUAUUACGCCAUACGCGAAGCGAAGAUUUUUUCAAACUCGACGAAGUUUUGCCUGAUAAGUGUUAACGUUUGAUUCUAGGCGAAAAGAAAGAAAUACAGUGAUAAAACUAUUAGCUGAGGCUUGAAGCCGAAAACACUUUAACAAAGGGGCCAUGGCGGCUUGACUCACAGUCCUGAAUUCUAGACAACAUGAGUACGGCAAAGAGAAAGAAGCGUAGCUCCAGCUUAAAAGGUUCCCUCAACCCUUCCAAGCGCCAUAGGGACCGAUUCAAUGUGGAACUCGAUAAUCUGGCCAAAUUACUACCAUUUCCAAACGAUGUAAUUCAAAAACUAGACAAAUUAUCUAUUCUCAGACUUUCUGCCAGCUACCUAAGAGCUAAAAACUUCUUCAAAGAGCAACACUGGACUGACACCAAUGAGCAGAGCAGUAGCGAAAAAGCAGUCGCAAAGAAAGACUUCAACCUCGAAGGAAAUGGCAUUUUUUCGAAGCUUCUUCUCGAGGCUUUAGAUGGCUUUGUAAUCGUCUUAACACAGGAUUAUGAAUUGUUUUAUGCGUCUGAGACCAUUCAAGACUAUCUUGGUCUGUCACAGUCAAGUGUGAUUCAUCAAGAUUUUCUACGGUUCAUUCAUGUUGAUGACCACGAUCUGAUAAAACGAAACCUUCAGCCACACUUAGAAGAAGCUGAAGAAAAGAAAAUUAAAAUUCUUGAUGAUGAAAAUGAUGGAGACCCAUCAAGAACUCCAAAACGCGAUGAAGAAACUUCAUCAGAAACUGGUUCUCUUUCCAAAGAAGUCCAUACAGAAAGGACAUUUGUUUGUCGAAUGAAGUGUAUUCUAAAUACCAGUGCAGGAUUUUUCAAGCCAUUCAAAUGCAAUGGUCGGCUAAGAGAAAUGACUCUUGCUGAUAGCGACAAGAGAGAUUAUGGUCUCUUUCUCAUAUGUACCCCUAUGGAAACCAUGACCUCAUCCAUUCUUGAGAUCCGUCUUAAAACCUCGCUUUUCUGCAGCAAGAACAGGAUGGACUUGAGUUUUGUAGAUAUUGACCAAAAGGGUCGUGCUCUUCUUGGCUACCACAAACGAGAUAUUGCUUUACAGUCCAGCUACUGCAUGAUUCAUUUUGAAGAUAUUGCAGUCUUGAAAACUCUCCACGUUGACUUAAUGUCAUCUGGAAAAUGUCAAGGUACAUUCCGUCUUCUAAACAAGAACAUGAAAUGGCAAUGGCUAACAGGAACAGCUCAAGUUGUGUUCAAAGGAAAUGAAGCUGACUUUGUAAUAACAACAAACAGACCACUCAGUGAAGAGGAAGGUGAAGAAGUGCUACGACAGCGAGGCCAGCACACCCCUGCAUUACAAUUCACCACUUCUGACAAUAACCUUAGUCCUAAAGGCAAUAACAGUUGUUCAUAUCUUAUGGACACUGGUAAAAAUGACCAAAGCUUCAAAUAUCCCACUGUGUCGCCAAAGUUCUUUCCUGACAACAAGAAGAUAUCUCAACCUCUGAAUGUCAAUGCCGGGAAUGGCCUGCAUCACCAAGGUUACUUCAACAGAGGUCCACCUUUCUCCGGCACAGAUGGAACCCUAUCACCUCAAGCUAAUUUAUCCUCAUUUUCCGACGAUGGUUUUAGCUCUACUGCUUGUACUUCUGCACCUGAUUCUCCUGAGGAUCUAAAUUUGGGUGUAGAUUUGCAAGAUGAACUCAUGACGGACGGGUCUGAUUUUGCAUUUUUGUCACAAGAUUUUCCUCUUGGAGACACAGAUCCAAUCUUCGACCCUGCCAAAGAUACCGACCUCAUUGAUCAUAUGUCCCAUCUUGCUAUGGAUCCUUCACUCGGAGAUCUGCCAACCUUAGAGGAAACCCUUGCUCUUAUGCAGAACAUAUCAAGCGACAGUGAGUCGGCACCAUCUCUGAGAAGCCCUGAUGGAAGCUACGUCUCUGCGCCCAGCCCUYCUCACGUGAACUGUGACCCUUUCUCACCAACGUCUUCGGUCGGACAACCAUCUCCUUUUCUAUCACCGGUGGGGCCUCAGGCCAGUGGACCUGCAAUGAUGUCGCCUAGUGGUCUUCCUACUCCAGACCCGUCGCCUCUGGGAAAGAGAGAAGGAGAUGCUGCCAGGGUUAAUAUAUCUUGGCAGGGAGUGUCGAAAGGGAGACCACUAAACCAAAUGCAACAACAGCAUCAUCACCCAGUACCUCAACAGCAGCAACACUCUCCUUAUGGCCAGUGCUCGCCUAAUUAUCAACCCAACAUGAAUCCUCCUAAUGGUAACGUGCUUUCUUCCAAGUCUGCUUAUAUGGCUGCCGUCAAGAAACGAGAAAUGGAGAACUACUCCAACUGCGUUGGGAACGCCACAAGCUCGGUGUCACCUGGACACACCGUGCCGUCGUCUUGGAGAAUGCAGCAGUGCAGCCCAACAGGUCAACAAGGAAACAUGCAGAACAACUACCACAACUGGAAUGGCGGCUAUCAACAGGGAUAUCGACCAAUGAAUCCAAUGCACGGAGAGGACAAUCUCAUAGGAAAUGUCCCGACACAUGACCCAACAUGGAACCAAGGCCUCCAAGGUGCUAUGUCUGUUCCGCCAUCAUUUGAGGACACUUUACCGAAUUUAGAUUACCCCGGGUCUAAUGUACUCUCCCCUCCCUAUCAUUGUGAGGGUAUGCCGGGUUAUGGCUUCCAAAACAAGGUCCCUGUCACAUCAGUGUCAAAACACGGAGGGUGGUGAGCUUAGAUGUUGGUAAACGCAUUCCGUGUUGAUGAAGCGGAAGAAAGGUCAAGAAAAACCACGAGAUAUCAAAAACUGUCCUUCCAUCUUUUUUUUGAAAGCAGAAGAAAACAUAGCAAUCAGCUUACGACGGGUUCUGCCCUUAAGCACUAUAGAGAAAAGAACUUUAGGAGGUUUGAAGCAACUACGCGCGCAAACUUCGAGGCACAUUUUGCUCAAUUUCUCUCGCCUCUAUAAAGGAGAAAGCUAGAGAUUUUUAAGCCACCAAGUCAAAGUGAAUGCUUAUCUGAACCUCUGCUAUACGGAUUUGCUUAUCUAAAAGGAAUUUCUCCUUGCAGUCGUUUAGUUUCGGUCAUAAUCUUCCUACUUAAAUUGUCCGUCCCAACCACAACCAUCAUGUCGAGAGCAGCCAAAAUUUGCACACACAGCUUUAUACGCUUCAAACGUUUAUUUGAAGCGUGCGUUUGCACAGCGUCCAGUCAAGUGUAUCUUUGUUAGAAAAUCAACUGAAUACCGAGAGUAUUGGCCAAAACGGUUGCCAGUUUGCAGCACCUGUUGAUGGUUUGGUUUGCCGGAGGUUGAUGAUAGUAGGAUGGAACAAAACCGAUGCUAAUGAUGGCUGCGAGGAAAUUACUAGGACCUGAAGGAGACGAGAUCGAAUCGUCAUUUUGGAGGACCAUUGUGGCCCUCUUUAGGGAUCAUCCAUUUUUCCGCCCCAACCUCAUUUCAAGUUGAAAAGAGAAAAACAAAAUAAAUGUAUUUGUAAAUACAGAUUACUUCUUUUAUGACCUACCAAAUCAAAUGAAUGAAUCUCAAACUGUUGUGAAUAGGCAAAGACGUUUUCAAAUUAUCUUACAGGUGUGAUUGAGUAAAAAUAUUCUAACCAACAAA